GUAGAGGACGUGACACGGUCUGGAUGCGCAAGAUCUGCGAUUACCAAGUUCCAUUAAUCUAAACUGAAGAGAGAGAAGGAAGAAAUCUCCCAGCACCUCUGUACGCGAGAUAUCGACUCUUCUCUCUGCUAUCCUAACACAGCUCCUUAACCCAGCUCCUACAUGACUAUCUCCUUGAUGCCAUCCACUAGCCACAUCCCUGUGGCGUCAGCCAUACUCAAGGGCCCAGGCCACAGGCCUGGGACCAUAACAGCCGUGGCCGAAAUCUGGGAAGGUAUCCGGCGAAAAUGCAUAGUUCGGCCUGAGCGGGGGUUUCGCGCCGGCGUUCUUCGAUACUGCCGACUCGAGUCGACAAGGCUAAAGGGCGUUGCCGAAAAGGGUAAUAGGGCGAAGAACGCGAGCGCGCAAAACUCAACUCAGACCGAACUGCGCAUUUUCCCCGAAUACCUUCCUGGAUUUCGGCCACGGCUUUGCAUUUCCGACGAAUGGUAUUUUGCUCAGGGUUUUCAAAGGUUUGGACCGGGUUUGAGUAAUAUAUUCCAAUUCCGUCUGCCUAUGAGCUGCAAUGUCAAAAUGCCUGUAUGGCAUUCUCCGCCACGUCCCCAGGCUGAAUUAUUAAGAUUGGCGCGUGCUAAGUUAGUUAGGAUCAAUUUCAAAUGUUUAUCCGCGCGCGGAUACGUGGCCUGCUGGACACAAUACUAGAAAGCAGGGAUCCUUCUGCAAAGACCCUGCAAUGCAGAGAGGUUUUCUCCGUCGGAAUAUGUCGCUUACUGAUCUAUGGUUCUGCGGAAAGCCGAGCAUCGUCAUCUCCGUCGAUCAAAU